UAGGGUUUAUGUCGUGUUAGCAACUUAGCAGCACAAGGGAGUUCUCUGCAAGACAUCGAAGUUUCUGGAGAGGAGAAGCAGAGGAAAGUUCUCUAUCUCGCUCGAAGCUUAAGGCUAUGGCGGCUGUGGUCGAGGGAAUGCAAAAGCUUAGCAUCGCCGACGCGAAGAAGAACCGAAUCCAAGUCUCCAACACUAAGAAACCCCUCUUCUUCUACGUCAAUCUCGCCAAGAGAUACAUGCAGCAGCACAGUGAAGUGGAGCUCUCUGCUCUUGGGAUGGCAAUUUCAACCGUGGUCUCCAUUGCUGAAAUUCUCAAGAGCAAUGGGUUUGCAGUUGAGAAGAGAAUUAUGACUUCGACGGUGGAUAUGAGAGAGGAGAUUGGACGACCUGUUCACAAACCAAAGAUUGAAAUUAUGCUUGGGAAGUCAGAGAAGUUUGAUGAGCUGAUGAUGGCUGCUGCCCAAGAGGAGACCGAGGGGACGGAACAUCAGAGCUAGAGUUUGACGCCUGUUUGGUCUCGAGGCUCUGUUUGGAUUUAACUUAGUCACGUGUUGUAAUCCGAGACAAUAUUUUAGGAAUCCAUCAGUGGAUUAACUUAGUCUCUUGUUUUGUUGUCUAAAGGAAAUGAACAGGAAACCAAAGCAUUGAUAUGUCUGUGGUGUGCAGUUAAUGGAUCAGUGUUGAAGUUUGAACA